AUGAAGAUUCACAACCAGAGCAAAAAGCCUGUGAGCAAGGAGAGGAUCCGGCACAGGAGCCGGGAGGCUGACCACCUGGCAGCGGUGUGGGUGCACGGUGGGGUGCGUGAGCUCCUGUGGGACGUGCAUGCUCACACCUCCCUCCCUGGCAUGCAGGGCACUGCGGCAGGACUGCGGUCUGCUGGGAGGACAUGGGCUCUGGGCUCUCGUGGCAUCUGCUACCUGGGCAUCGCUGCCAUCGCAUGGGGCGCAGUAACGUGGGUGGAGGUGGGUGCCUGGACGUACCACUACAGUGACCAAGGGGACUACACGUGGGAGCAGGCCAGGAACUACUGCCAGACCUUCUUCACCGACCUGGUGGCGAUCCAGAACAAGCGAGAGAUUGAGUACCUCAACGAGAGCCUGCCCUUCCAUGGGCGCUACUACUGGAUCGGUAUCCGCAAGCUGGGUGGCACCUGGACCUGGGUGGGUACCAGGAAGGCGCUGACGACGGAGGCAGAGAACUGGGCAGCCGGGGAGCCCAACAACCGCCGCUCCAACCAGGACUGCGUGGAGAUCUACAUCAAGCGGCAGCAGGAGUCGGGCAAGUGGAACGACGAGCCCUGCAACCGGAGGAAAAAGGCACUGUGCUACCGGGCCUCCUGCCAGCCCUUCCCGUGCAGCCAGCGCGGCGAGUGCGUGGAGACCAUCGGGAGCUACCACUGUGAGUGCUACCCCGGCUUCCACGGCCCUGAGUGCGAGGACGUUGUGGAGUGUGCCGAGCUCGAGCCCAAGGGAGUGCGCAUGAACUGCAGCCAUCCCUUCGGAGACUUCAGCUACAACUCCACCUGCACAUUCCAGUGCCAGGAGGGGUUCGAGCGGCGAGGGGCAGGCACGCUGCGGUGCCUGCCUUCCCAGCAGUGGUCAGCAGAGACCCCCACCUGCACAGCUGUCACAUGCCCCCAGCUGGCUGCCCCCGAAAGGGGCCGGGUCGAUUGCUCCCACCCGCAUGGCGCGUUUGCCUUCAGCUCCACGUGUGCCUUCUCCUGCCAGGAGGGGUUUGAGCUGACGGGAGCGCGGAGGCUGCGGUGCACGGCUGGUGGGGUCUGGAUGGGCCCCCCCCUGCGCUGCAAAGCCAUCGCCUGCCCGGUGCUCAGCGCUCCAGACCGAGGAAAGCUGAACUGCUCCCACCUCCACAGGGACUUUGCCUUUGGCUCCACGUGUGCCUUCUCCUGCCAGAUGGGGUUUGUGCUGAUGGGGCCAGAGAGCCGCGAGUGCAUGGCCACAGGGACAUGGACUGGGGAGUCCCCACACUGUGAAGCCAUCGCCUGCCCGGUGCUCAGUGCGCCAGACUGGGGAGAGCUGAACUGCACCCAUCUCCAUGGGGACUUCGCCUUUGGCUCCACGUGUGCCUUCUCCUGCCAGACGGGGUUUGUGCUGAUGGGGUCGGAGAGCCGCGAGUGCACAGCCACAGGGACAUGGACUGGGGAUGCCCCACGCUGUGAAGCCAUCGCCUGCCCAGUGCUCAGUGCGCCAGACCAGGGAGAGCUGAACUGCUCUCACCUCCACGGGGACUUUGCCUUUGGCUCCACAUGUGCCUUCUCCUGCCAGAUGGGGUUUGCACUGACGGGGCCGGAGAGCCGCGAGUGCAUUGCCACGGGGACCUGGACUGGGGAUGCCCCACGCUGUGAAGCCAUCACCUGCCCGGUGCUCAGCGCUCCAGACCGAGGAAAGCUGAACUGCUCCCACCUCCACAGGGACUUUGCCUUUGGCUCCACGUGUGCCUUCUCCUGCCAGAUGGGGUUUGUGCUGAUGGGGCCAGAGAGCCGCGAGUGCAUGGCCACAGGGACAUGGACUGGAGAGUCCCCACACUGUGAAGCCAUCGCCUGCCCGGUGCUCAGUGCUCCAGACCGAGGAAAGCUGAACUGCUCCCACCUCCACAGGGACUUUGCCUUUGGCUCCACGUGUGCCUUCUCCUGCCAGAUGGGGUUUGUGCUGAUGGGGCCAGAGAGCCGCGAGUGCACAGCCACAGGGACAUGGACUGGGGAUGCCCCACGAUGUGAAGCCAUCACCUGCCCAGUGCUCAGUGUGCCAGACUGGGGAGAGCUGAACUGCUCCCACCUCCACGGGGACUUUGCCUUUGGCUCCACAUGUGCCUUCUCCUGCCAGACGGGGUUUGCACUGACGGGGCCGGAGAGCCGCGAGUGCAUCGCUACGGGGACCUGGACUGGGGACACCCCGCGAUGCAAAGCCAUCAGCUGCCCAGUGCUGGACCCCCCCAGCAGAGGCCAGCUGAGCUGCUCUCAUGUGCACGGGAACUUCACGUACAACUCCACAUGCACCUUUUCCUGUGAGGACGGUUUUGUUCGGAUGGGAGCAGAGGUGCUCCAGUGUGCGGCCACGGGGAACUGGACCAGGCAUCCCCCUGUCUGUGCAGAGGACAGUGCCCGCUUCUUAAAGCAAGUCCUGGCUUACAGCAGUGGCACAGCUCUGGUGGCAGCAGGUGUCGUGCUCUCAGGGACACUCAUCGCCCUCCUUGCCAAGCGGCUCAGCGACAGAGAGGAGAAGAAGAAGCUCCUGAACCCCACGAGUGACCUAGGAUCACCGGGCAUCUUCACCAAUGCAGCGUACGAUGCCAACCUGUAAGCCUGGCUGUGACCAAAAUCCACCAUGUCCCCCAGCGCUGCAGGCACAGCAGGAGCUGCUGCCGGGGCCUAGAGGGACUCCACGCCUCUGGCUGCAGUCCAGCCCAACGCCGCCGGGUGGAGACCGC